GAUACAAUGUUUGACCCUAACAAUCCAUGCUCUUUUGCUAAUAAAAUUAAGAAUAUCAAACCUCUAAUAAAGGCCUCUUUAAUACCUACUAAUAAUAUUAGUAUACCAAAAAAACCUCUCUUGAUAAUUCAAACUACGCAUAGAAAUCAUGGUCAGAAUAAAUAG